CAAUGGCCGCCGUCAAGGACAGUCUGUUGGCCCAAGUGGCUGAAGUGUUGCCCAGCUCGGGACACAAGGUCACCGUUGUGGGCAUCGGCAUGGUGGGCAUGGCCAGCGCCUUCAGCAUUCUCGCCCAGGGCGUCUCCAAGGAGGUCUGCCUCAUCGAUGUCUGCGCCGACAAGCUGCAGGGUGAGCUCAUGGAUCUGCAGCAUGGCUCGAACUUCCUCAAGAACCCACAGAUCACCGCCAGCACCGAUUUUGCCAUUUCGGCCAACUCGCGUCUGUGCAUUGUCACCGCCGGAGUGCGUCAAAAGGAGGGCGAAUCUCGUCUGUCGCUGGUGCAGCGCAACACUGACAUCCUCAAGAACAUCAUCCCCAAGCUGGUCGAAUACAGCCCUGACACCAUCUUGCUGAUGGUUUCCAACCCCGUCGAUAUCAUGACCUAUGUGGCCUGGAAGUUAUCGGGUCUGCCCAAGAACCGUGUCAUUGGCAGCGGCACCAACUUGGACUCCUCCCGCUUCCGUUUCCUCAUGUCGCAGCGUCUGGGCGUGGCACCCACCUCCUGCCACGGCUGGAUUAUUGGCGAGCACGGUGACAGCUCGGUUCCAGUUUGGUCUGGCGUCAACAUCGCUGGCGUUCGCUUGCGUGAAUUGAACCCGACUUUGGGCACCGGUGAGGAUCCAGAGAAGUGGAAUGAAUUGCACAAGCAAGUCGUUGACUCUGCUUACGAGGUCAUCAAGCUAAAGGGUUACACCUCCUGGGCCAUUGGUCUCUCCACUGCCUCCUUGGCCUCGGCCAUUUUGCGCAACACCAGCAGCAUUGCCGCCAUCUCCACCUCCGUCUUGGGUGAACAUGGCAUUGACAAGGAUGUCUUCUUGUCGCUGCCCUGUGUGAUCAACGCCAAUGGCGUCACCUCCGUUGUCAAGCAGAUUCUCACCGACACCGAGGUGGAGCAGCUGCAGAAGUCGGCCAACAUUAUGGCCGAUGUCCAAGCUGGCCUAAAGUUCUAAUUUAAGUCAGCAACAGCAGAAAGAACAAGCAAAGUAUUCUUUGUCUCCACCAAUGUUUAUUUUUAGUCCAUUUCUCAGACACAUUAUUUAUUAUUUAAAGUAUUUCUUUUGGGUUCGUUACAAAUAAAUUUUAAAAACUUAAGUUUUAUUCUUAAAGAAAA